AUGGCUUACACAGAGGUACUUGCCACACCAUUGAACAGUAAGGAGCAAGCAGUCUUCACGUUCCAUGGCGAGGCAACAAUCAAGGCCCCUGCACAGAAAAUCUACGCGGCCCUUCGAGACUUCCGCUCAUGUAGCAAGUGGAAUGCGUACAUGCCAGAGGUCAACACGUUAUCUGGAUCGAACAAUAUCGUAGUUGAUGGUUUAAUUACCCUUCAGUAUCGCCCAGAGCCGACAGGUAGCCUCAGGGCUGCUCCCUGUAAGAUCGCUGGCAUAGUUGAGAAUCUGAAAAUCUGCUGGCAAGGCUGUUCAUCAGGUUUACCCACGUGGAUCUGCGUGAUGGAAAAGGUCCACGAAGUCACCACCAUCUGGUCGGAGGAGUUCUGGGCCAUGUGCCACAAACUCUCGGCCAUGAGUCAAAGGAGUAACGGAUGGUAUGAAGGCGUAUAG